AUGACGCGUCUUCCUCAGGCUGGGGUGACGGCUCUGAUAGAACGACUUAUCGCCCUUGGUGCAGAUACUGAGGCGCGUGCCGUUGUGCCAGACGAAAGAUACCGGUAUAAGCUCGUAGGCUAUCAUGCCAAGCUUCUUCUACAGCAGAAGCCUCCGAUCGCUAGAGAGCAGACUCCGUUACACUGGGCGGCAAGCAACGGGUCGGUCGCUGUAGUAAAGGCGCUACUACAGCACGGCGCCAAUCCUGUUGCGAGAGAUAGUACGGGGUCGACACCCGCGCUAUGCGCUGCAUAUGCACAGCCAACCAACAGACAACCAUAUCCUAUAGCAAAGAGGCAGCAGGUUAUCAAGUUGCUACUUACUCAUGGUGCGGGUUAUGAAGAUGAAGAUGCCAGUGGCAGGGGCGUGUAUGGCUGGGCUGCUGUUAAUGGGCUGCCCCUUUACUGGCCAGAAUGGUAA